CAAAAGCACCAAGGAUAUAGAUGUUAGUCUCUUGGCCAAUCUUCCCAAAGUCUCUGAAUUGAGAAAACGAUUUGAAGGCAUUAGCACAAGCACAAGUGACUGGGAAAUGAACAGAAAGGAGCGCAUUGCUCGUCGGUUGGAGGGCAUAGAGGGUGAGGUGCAACCGUCUCUGCUGCCUAGCUUGGUGGCCAACCGGCUUCUAGAGGAGGAUACGCCAAGAUACACCAGGGGCUCUGACCCCUGUGAACCCUGUGCUGUCCAGUGGUAUGGCGUGGAGGGAAACGAAAGCUCAGAAAUGCAGCUGAUGGCUCCAGAGCAACAGUCCAGAGCUCGAUGUAGGCCUGACCCUCAGUCCCCCAUCCACACAGAGCCAAUCUACAGUUCUGGUUACACCACCAGUGGCCUAGAGCUGGAGUCCAAGGCCGAACGAAUUGCCCGCUACAAGGCAGAACGGCGCCGGCAGCUGGCAGAGCGCUACGGUAUCUCUUUGGAUCAGGAGCCGGACUUGGACUAUCCUUCCCGCUACACUGGCACCCGGAAAGAGACAGAAGGCUCAGAGAGGCAAAACAGAGGGGAGUCCGUGGGGGAAGAAGGAAGAGACAUCACCCUGACUUCUUAUACCAACACCUCUGCCACUAGCCCGGCGCUUGAACGCACAGCAACGCACCACGGCCACGCCGACCCGAGCUACGAGAUGGGUCGAACCAGGGUAGGCUCCUUCUCAGAGAGGGAAAGGUUUAUGAACCUGGAGAAUCAACGCCGGGCUGCUCCUCCUGAGCUGCCAUCCUCCUCCUCAUACAUGGAUGUGACAUCAUCGUCCUCAACCACCAGGGUGCCCGCCAGGGAUCAUUCAGUCCCAGGGAUCUCACCCAGUUCAGCCAAGCUGAGCAGGCACCCUUCCCUCUCCUCACCUAAACAUGGUGCGGCUCCUGGAGACUUCUUCAUAGAGCAGCAGGCCCACAACAUCCUCAGCAGACAGGGUGUGAGGGCGAUACUGAGCCCUGAUUGGUUCUUCCAGACUGAUGCUGAGGGCGACACCCACUCCCUCAUCAACUGGCCAUCGAGAAUCAGAGUUAGGGAGAGGCUUGCCAGGGAGGAGGGCCGACAGAGGAGCCCAGAGCUGGGAAAUGUUACAGAAGCCCCAGUGUACCGCAGACAAUUUCAGCACCAGUCCCAGACUUCUUCACGCUACCACACAGACCAACCAGGCCCCGAGCAGGCCUUCACCCAUCCCCACCAUCAUACCCAAGUUCAGCACAUUCAACCUGGGCAAGCGGGAGGACAAGAAGUUGUUGGUUACCUCAGUUAUCUCUCCAUGGCCUCUGGUCCUACAUCCAGAGGUGGGCAACAGCAGGCACAGGAGAAAGCGACUGAGGAGACAGAAGAUGUGAAGACAGAAGGCCUUCUGAGGAGUAGGAAAGCAGUGCUGCCCUCAGAGAUCCGCCGUAGGGAGAGGAGCACCGAGGACCUACGAAGAGGAAGGGGGGAAGAGGACCUGGGGAUAUCCAAGGUACAAAGCCUCAGCCAUGCAAGGGAGGCUGAGGCAGAGAAUCUUGCAGGAGAAAGACACAGAGGCAGAGCCAGGUGGGAUGUAGCAGAGCAUACCUCCCGUCUGAGAGCAGCAGAGAACAAGCCCAGAGAGUGGGAAAAUGCCUUUUAUAUCCACAAAGGGGCGACUGCAACCCACAUCAAGCCCAGAGUGGCACAUGUAGGCCCAGGAAGCUCAACCUCCAGCACAGCCUUGAGUCGCUUCAUGUCAGAUGCUGGGGCUCCACAAGGGCCCAGUCAGAGGAACGUGCAGCACCAGACCCACGACCUCAAGGAGGUCUGGCAGGGUGAAGGAUUCAGUAAUGGAGAGAGUCACCAAGACAGCCGGAUGUCUGUGGCCCAGCUCAGACAUUCCUACAUGGAGAGCACCACCACCCCUCCAACCAGCCGCCAGAAUGAGCUGUCCUGUGUGAGCUCAGAUUUUGCUUCCGCUGAAGCAGAUGAAGAGAAGCUAGAUGAACGGGCCAAGCUGAGCGUAGCAGCCAAGCGCUCUCUCUUCAGGGAACUGGAGAAAAGCAUUGAUGGCGGAGCUCCUAAGCUACGAUCCAGGAAUGCAGCGGUGGACAGGAGACUAAGGAGGGCACAAGACCGAUCAAGAACUCAGCCAGUCACCACUGAGGAAGUAGUCAUUGCUGCCACCGUCCCCAAUCAUGUGCCACAAAAGGUGACUAUUCACACUGCUGUAGCGCGCAUCCCUAGCCCCACCCUAGUUUGUAGGACUGUUCAACCAUGCAGCCUGCAGGCAUCCUCACAGCAGAGCGCUGCUGCCCAGGAGCAGGCGCGGGAGGCUCAGCUGAUGCAGGAUUCACAUGAGGCCCAGGGCUCUAAGCCAGUGUCCACAAUGGAGGGAAAAGACCAGAGUCAGAGUCAGGGUCAGGACGAACCUGACCUCUGUACCCUCAGCCUGGCAGAGAAGAUGGCACUGUUCAACCGUCUGGCUCAGCCUCCAAUCAAGGUUACCCGCAUGAGAGGGGACACACGCCAGCGCAGGACCAAUGCUCGCUACCAGACACAACCAAUCACACUGGUAGAUAUGGAGCAGGAGUCCUCAGACAUGGACAACAGGGAUGAACAGGAGCUAUGUGACAGCCCAGUAGAGCAAAUACAACUUCAAAAUGGUACAGGCUCUCGGUUUGGACACUUCCCCUCCUCAUCCUCCUCCUCUGCACUGAGAGCAGAAGGCACCGUAUCCACUGACCAUGCCGGAGACAUCCACAUAACCAGAGCAUCAGCCCAGUUUGAAAACCUCCCUCCCAGCUUUGAAAGGUUUCUGCCCCCUUGCCACCCAGACGGCCAGGCCUUGAGGUCCCAGGAAUUCGUGGACCACCAGAGAUACAGAAUCUUGCCCCACGAAGAAGACGGAGCCGAUCUGGGAGGAGGGAAAAGAAAGCUGCCCUCUCCUGAGGGAGCGUUCAGGCAGGCCACUCAGCCCCAGCCACAGACUGGAAGAGAAAGGAGGGAGGGGGGGGGGGAGUUGGAAGAGGUGGAGCAGUGGCUGUCCAGAGGGAGGGCGGAGGGAGCCGUGCAGAGCUCAGAGAGCCACAUGCUUCUGGAGAGGCAGGAGCAGAGGGGAUAUCUCAGGGAGGAAGGACACUACCCUGACAGCCAGAGGAGCAGGGCCGUCAGUGGGGAGCUGCCGGAGUCAACUGUGGUGACAUCCAGAGCAGCAUCUGGUUCGCCCAGGACUGUGUGUCAGCCUCCAGCACCAGAUACACACACGGACGGCAGCGGACACAUAGCCAGCCUGGUUCAGUCUGAGCAAGGAGACGACCUGAGCGACAUGAUGACAGCCAGACACAUGUCCAUCAAAGAGAGAGUUGCCUUGUUGAAGAAGAGUGGCGAGGAGGACUGGAGGAAUAGGAUCAAUAAGAAGCAGGAUGUGGUGAAGGUUGCCAUGGGUGAGCAGCAUGCUCAGCUCUGGGAGGUGGAGCAGAGCUUCAAGAAGAAGGAUGAUGAAGCACUGAUGAUGAUCGAUGAGUUGGCUGUAUCUGACCAGCUAUGGGAGCCAGUCUUUGCCUCUACUCUUUCUCCUGCUCCCGAAUCUCCUUUCCAUAGCCCUUCCCCUGAUGAAUCAGCCAGCCAGGUCACCAGAUCUCCUAGACCUAUGCAGGUGGAUGAGAGACACCCCUGGAGACGGAAGAGAAUAGCUGAGGCUGAGAUGGAGUGCCAGAGGAUUGAGGCUCAGAUGUCUAUCCAGGAGAGGAAACAGCUGAUAGUGGCCCAAGAGGAGGCCUGGAAGACCAAAGGCCAAGGAGCCGCCAACGACUCCACCCAGUUCACUGUGGCUGCACGCAUGGUGAAGAAAGGGUUGGCCUCCCCCUCUGCCGUACAGUCUCCAGCGCCAUCCAAACCUAAGAACAGUAGCCCUGCCAUCUCCAAACCACAAGAAGAGAUCAAGGCCAUAUCAGAUCUGAACCUGGAGUCGGACAGGAAACUGGAUAAGCUGGAGUCAUUCCUAGGCAAACUGAACAGUAAAGUGUCCGGACUGCCAGAAGCUACCAUCACAGUGACAGAGAAGAAGGUAAAGGAAGUGAUGACCCUCGAAGAUGAAACUUUCUCUAAGUUCUACCGCCAAGUGGAGGAGCUCCCCUCUGUCACCAACAAGGUGGAGUUGGAUGACGACUUUGAUGCCAUCUUCGGUCCCCAGGUGCCAAAGCUGACCUCGGAGAUGGUGCAGCACAAGCGAGCGGUGCGCCCUGCGCGGAACGUCCAGUCGUCCAGGAACCCUCUAAAGAUGCUUGCUGCCAGGGAGGACAUCAGACAUGAGUACACAGAGCAGAGGCUCAAUGUGGGCCUGCUGGAGAGCAAGAGGAUGAAGGCUGAGAAGAUGAAUAAGAACUCUGGUUUUUCUGAGGUGGCUCUGGCUGGUCUCGCAAGCAAGGAAAACUUCAGCAAUGUCAACCUGCGCAGUGUCAGCAUCUCCGAACAGAUGUCCAACAACAGUGCUGUACCUUACAAGAGACUCAUGCUCUUGCAGGUCAAAGGCCGAAGGCACGUCCAGACCAGGCUGGUGGAGCCCAGAGCGCCCUCCCUGAACAGCGGCGAUUGUUUCCUGCUCAUCACGCCGCACCACUGCUUCAUCUGGACUGGAGAGUUUGCCAACGUCAUUGAGAGGAACAAGGCUUCAGAGUUGGCCAACUUCAUCCAGAGCAAAAGAGAUUUGGGUUGUCGUGCUAACUAUGUACAGGUCAUCGAGGAGGGCGUCAACGCACACAGCCACGCUGCCAAAGAGUUCUGGAAGAUUCUGGGAGGGCAGUCAAGUUAUCAGUCUGCAGGAACACCAGAUGAAGACGAGUUGUAUGAGGGUGCCAUUGUGGAGACAAACUGUAUUUACCGCCUGAUGGAUGACAAACUGGUCCCAGAUGAUGAUUUUUGGGCCAGGAUGCCUCGCUGUUCCUUGCUUAACCCCACGGAGGUUUUGGUGUUUGACUUUGGCAGUGAGAUGUACAUAUGGCACGGGAAGGAAGUGACGUUGGCUCAGAGAAAGGUGGCCUUCCAGCUGGCCAAGCACCUGUGGAACGGCACCUUCGACUACACAAACUGUGAUAUCAACCCGCUCGACCCGGGAGAGUGCAAUCCACUCAUACCCAAGAAAGGCCAGGGCCGACCUGACUGGGCAGUGUUCGGCAGACUGACUCAACACAAUGAAACCACUCUAUUCAAAGAGAAGUUCCUGGACUGGAGCGACUCCAGGAAAACACCCAGUCCCACAAAAAACACCAACGACCAAAUCACGGAUCAAAAGGAGCAGCCCACCUCUGAUCAGCCCCGUGCAUACGAUGCCUCCCUGAUGCUGCCCCUCCAUCAGGCGCCCGUCUGCACCAUACUGGAUGGGUUCAAUGUGGGGCGGGGCUACGGCCUGGUGGAGGCUGAGGAGUGGCGGAGCUAUGAGAUCAGCACUCUAGCGGUGGAGGUGUGGCACAUCCUGGAGUUCGACUACAGCCGCUUGCCGCACCAGAGCAUUGGCCAGUUCCACGAAGGCGACACCUACGUGGUGAAGUGGAAAUACAUGGUCAGCACUGCGGUUGGGAAGAGACAGAACCCAGAGCAGCUGAAGACGACGGGGGCCGGGAGGGAGAAGUGCUGCUACUUCUUCUGGCAGGGCCGCAACUCCACCGUCAGCGAGAAAGGAACAUCAGCGCUGAUGACGGUGGAGCUGGACGAAGAGCGAGGAGCACAGGUCCAAGUCCAGCAGGGUAAAGAGCCUCCGUGCUUCCUGCAGUGCUUCAAAGGAGGGAUGGUUGUCCACUCAGGGAAGAGAGAAGAGGAAGAGGAAAACUCACAGAAUGACUGGCGUUUGUAUUGUGUGCGGGGAGAGGUGGAGGUGGAGGGCCACUUGCUGGAGGUGGCCUGUCACUGCAGCAGCCUGCGCUCCAGAGUCUGCAUGGUGCUGCUGAGUGUCAGCCAAGCCCUCAUCUACCUGUGGCACGGCUGCAAGUCUCAGACACACACACGGGAGGUGGCACGCACGGCUGCCAACAAGAUCAAAGAACAUUGUCCUCUGGAAACAGGCCUUCACAGCAGCAGCAAGGUGACCAUCCGGGAAUGUGAUGAGGGAGCGGAGCCCACAGGAUUCUGGGAAGCCCUCAGGCGGAGGGACAGAAAAGCAUAUGACUGCAUGCUGCAAGACCCGGGCAGGUUUAACUUCACACCUCGUCUCUACCAGCUGAGCAGCAGUUCAGGGGAGUUUGCAGCUGUGGAGUUCCUCUACCCAGCCAGAGCCCCCAAGGAGGUGAACUCUAUGCCCUUCCUACAGGAGGACCUUUAUGCGGCUUCUCAGCCAGCCCUGUUCCUGGUGGACAACCACCAUGAGGUGUACCUGUGGCAGGGCUGGUGGCCUCAGGACAGUGAAAGCACCGGCUCAGCCCGAAUCCGCUGGGACUCUGACAGGAAGUGUGCCAUGGAGACUGUGCUGCAGUACUGUAGAGAAAAGAAUGAGAAGAAGCCUCCCAAAGCAUAUCUGAUCCACGCUGGCCUGGAGCCACUGACCUUCACCAACAUGUUCCCCAGCUGGGAGCACAGAGAGGACAUCGCUGAGAUCACGGAGAGGGAGGCAGAGGUGUGUAACCAGAUUAUCCUGGUGGAGGACGUGUUGGCCAGGCUGUGUAAAACCACAUACCCACUGGCAGACCUUCUGGCACGGCCUCUACCUGAGGGAGUUGACCCUCUUCGCCUGGAGGUCUACCUGUCUGAUGAGGACUUUGAGAAAGCCUUGGAGAUGACCAGAGAGGAGUAUGGGGGUUUGCCCGUCUGGAAACAGGUGAACUUGAAGAAGGCCAAGGGACUAUUCUAAACAGCUGAAAGAGAAAGCCGAGCUAUAAGCAUCAGAAAAAGCCACCAACAUGUUGUUUUGUCUCCUUUUGUUUACGCCUGGACACAACAGAGGCUCGGUGGUAGCCUCUCCUGAGUUAACCCGGCAAUGGCGGGUUGAGGACGGCCGAGAGGAGUUAUAAAGUCGUGGAAUCGGCAGGCGAGAGGCGUGCCAGCUUCUCGUGCUGCAGACUUCCCUUUCAUCUGCUUUUCGUGUCGGUGUUUUGGAUGUGUAAGUAGGAGACAAAUGUAGGCAGAAGCAACCACGAGUGAAUGUGUCAAUAGUGCUUAUUUAAAUUUACACUCUGUUAAUGUAUGUACAUAUGUACAAUACGCAGGACAGCCAGCGCCCUUACAUUGUCAGCAACGCAGCCAUCUGUUAGAGUGGGAGCAGGCCUGUCAACCUGUUCAACACACUCCACAUCACGCUCUCUGCUAUUCUUGUAUGUAUGUUUAUGCAUCACAAAUAAUUUAUAUUUAUAUUAAAAUCUAUAUAGGAUUUUUUAAAAGCUUCAUGAAUUCCCUGAACUAAAAUAAUUAAAUAAACUGUAUAAUGAAUGUUGAGGAGGUUUGUGUCAUAUGUUGAGAAAUACUGGAUAUUAGAGAAAUUCUGUCUCGCUGUACAGUUCACCAUUUGCCCUUUACAAAUCAAAUGAUGCAGUUUUACUUGGACACAUCUAGUGUCAUUAUUAUUUCAGACAGAAGAAAGGACACAGGCUUGAUUAAAGGCAAAGAUCGAGUGAUGAUGAAAUGCAUUGGAUUUUUAAGUCCUACGGUGUAUAGUGCCUUGUUUUGUGUACAGUUUAUACACAGAUCAUAGUCUGCAUUUUGAGGACUUUUUGUGAUAUAAAGAAGUAUUAGCGAAAUAAACCCUGAAAGUUGGAUAUCCGAAAA